UUUCUUUUAGUCUGGUUUUUCGAUUUAUUUAUUAUUUUUCGUGCGUGCUGUGCAUGCUGCUGUUGAAUUUGAUCGUAGAAAUGGCUUUAAAUGAAUUAAAUUUAAUUCCAACGAAGGCAGCAUUGGCCAAAAAAUCACAAUCACUGGACCAAUUCAAGUGCACCACAUUUGAGUCUUAUAAACCAAAGCAAAAAUCGCUGACAGACAAGAAAUUGGAAAAUAUCGACAAGACGCUGAAAAACAUCUUCGAUAUCAAACGAGCCAAACAUGAAGUGAUUACAUUUGGCACGUCCGGAUUGGAAUCGAAAGACAAGGAAGUGGCAAAAAUAGCGUUCGCUGUGAAAUUGGGAGCAAAACCCGCGAAGAAUAAGUACAAAAAUUACAAAGAAUUGCUGGCGGAGAAGAAAGUGUUGCAGGAGAAGGAACGGGAAAGUGAUGCAUUGUCCAAAGUGGGGAAAAAUGCACAAGGUGGAGCGUCAGUGACCUAUAAACAAAUCAAAAAUGCGAAUAGAAAACGGAAAUUGAAUGCACCGAUUAACCAACAUUACGGUGUAGUGAAUCCGAAAAUUGUCAAACGGAAAAAGAAGUGAUUCAUCCAACCAGAACAGGUCAGCCGUAUCAUAUAAAACCAGCUGUGUCAAUUUACAAUAAAUUAUAUUUUACAAUAAAAAAGGUUCAAAUAAAAAAUACAAAAU